UAUGGCAGGCGUGGGCGUGCACCCAAGCCUCUCCAAAGCUCUCUACCUUUGAUUCCGGGCGUUUAGACAGAGAAGUCGUUAGAGGAGCAUCGUAUCGGUCUGUGCGCUCCACAGCGUCCUCUCUACACAGCGCCGUGUGACUGGAGAGCAAUUUGUUUUACGGGAAACCGCAGUUUCCUCUCACCCCGGUGUGCGUGCUACAGGCGUGACUUACGACGAGACGCCAUAAAUAUGAAAGGAAGCGCGCGACAAACAUCCUCUGAUCCGUUAUUUGACGCGUGGACCGUAUGAGAUGAACUGCACGUGGACAUCUACGCUCAAGUUAAUGGAUUUUUACUCGGUGCUGGAGGGAGAUUAAUUUGACAAGUGCGCUGCAUCCUCAUCGGGCUAUGAUUCACUUUGGGAAUAUCUGACAUAACAAGGAUACUAUCCAUCCUCGCCAGAAUGAUGCUUUUCAAAAUCUUGGCGUUAAUUCUCUUACAGGGUGCCUUCACAAUCACAUCCGAGGUCAGCCCCGGUGGUCUCCCAGCAUCCAGCAGGGUGAUUGGCACCGGGAGACCCGCGGGUUCACAGCUGUCUGAGGCGACAGAGGGAAAGUCCAGGUCUAAGCGCUGUACCUGUUAUUCCUACAAGGAUAAAGAGUGCGUCUACUACUGCCACUUGGAUAUCAUCUGGAUCAACACUCCCGAACGCACUGUGCCGUAUGGAAUGUCGAGCUACAGAGGACCUCAGCGAAUCAGACGUGCUGUCGGUGGACAAGCAACUGAACAUGAGGGAGCAAGGACUCAGCGCUGCGUCUGCACUGUGCUUGACGCAGACCCUCAGUGCCAUGACUUUUGCAUGUCAAGCACCCUGCAGACAGUGCCAAUCAGGAGUCUCCACAGAGCGCCUGGUCCUGGAUGACGGUUUGGUUCCUCUCCAUCGUCCUCUGUUCUCCUCAGGGGAAUGGACCCUUCCCUCCUCUUUGCCCCCUUCAUUUGCUGUUCCACACUCUUGCCUCCAUAGGUAGCACACUGCCACAUUCAAGGAAAAGACUCAGGAGUUUGACACCGCAGACAUUCCUCAGCAUUACAACUAUUGGAGCAAGUUCCAUCAGGCCGAGCAGUUUCAAGAACUCUUCAGAAAAUCUGGUACAGAUCCCUGGAGGCCAUCCCUAUUUUGUUCCCUCCUGAGAGCAGCGUGAGGAUUACUUCCAUCCUGAUAUAAUAGUCAAUGACCUUGCAUCUGUCAAGCUUGAUCAGACAAACCCUUUGUUUUCACACCUGGUAGUGUUGAGGACUACACUUGACUCUGUCUUUCAAAGAGAUAAGCUAAUCUAAAGGGACCAACAAAAACAUUUCUAUGACAAUGUUGGAAAACAAAAAGCCCAACGAGGAGCCUUGGAAAGUAGGAGCGGGCAUGAUAUUAUGAUGUUUUGCUUUAAAAAAUAUCGAAACAUGCAAACGAUUAAAGGGGAAAGCUUUUGGCCACCUGUGUUAUGGGGCAUAUUAUUGAGCUUGGGUUUAUGAGCCUAUUUCAGUCAGUCUGGAAAGCGUUCACACCCUCACGUCACUUCUAUUAGCAAUUAUAUAUCCUGCUCUUUGCAGCUCAACUAUCAGUCAUAUUCAUCGUGCUUUUACCUCAACACCGCCAACUAACACUGACUCUAGAAACUGUAUGACAGCUUUAGAUGGAGUGAUCUUUAUAUUAAACUAUCUACUGUUGAGUCUUUUUCCGUGGGAGUUCAUUUCAUGAGGCUAUGCUACUAAUAAAGUUAAAGAUGAGUGAUUGUGAUCUUUGCUUCUGGGGCCACAUGUUGCCUCCCACUGACCAGGAGUGGAGUUCUUGCAGUUUUUCUCUGCUGUGUCUCCAUUACUCUAUUCCCCUGUCCAGUUUUUCCAGCCCUGUCACCUUGAAAUUGUUAUUAUAAACAAAUAAUUUGAAACAGUCAAUAUGGUUUUAGGGAAAUGUAAAUAAGUAACAAAUUCAAAUUUCUAUUAACAUAGUUAAGAAAUGUUGCUAAUUAACGCACAUGGCAAGUCGCAAAAAAGUUAAUACCGGACCUAGCAGCAAAAUGUUCACUAACAACCUAUGUAAUUUGUCUUAUGCCAAAAUAGGCAAUCUUGCAAUACGCUAUCCACUCCAAGGCACCAGAGUGUGACCAUUUUGGUCAUACAUGCAACCUAAAAUCAGUCAAGUUCAACUUAACAAAUUUAACAUCAGCAUGAUACAUGGAAAACGGAAGGUAUUUUCAAAGAAGGCAAUGCAUGUAACAGGCAGAACUUGACUCAGCGUCCCAGAACGUCAACAACCAACACACCCAGGAUACCUGUCACGUCAUAUCUGGAAGUGGAAAGUAGAUAUGUGACAAGGUAGGCGUGAGAAUGUGUUGCAUUGAUGCAUGUAAUGUAGAACCAAAGUUCCCCAUUGCAAGCCUUAGGCCUAAGCUGUUGGCAACAGGUGCUGAGGUUAGCACAUUGAGCAGAUUGGCGUGUAAAUCACACCAUGGCGAGCACAAAUAAUACUGGAAGCUGUAAGACUUGCCUGUGGGUCCCAGUCAGCUACAGCAGCAACAGAGAGAGAGUUGUGAUCAGGAUGAGGAUGGUGUUUUGGCGUUGCAUCACUGUUGUAGGGUCUGUGAAUGGAAGCACAUCCAAAAUGCUAAAACACAUUUGACAGCAUCACCCAGAUGUGCCGAACACUGGGAUGAGGGAAAAAAACAGCCCUACAGCCCUAUCCUUAUCCCGGCUGCUUUCAAGCAACCUUAAGAUGCAAGAGCAGAAUGGAUUUAGGACAAAAUACUGAAGCAGUUGGCAUUUACGCUGGCAUAUAGCCAAGAUGUGACAAAGUUUAACACUACUCCUAAUGCAGAAGUUUUAUUUUUCAAUAUUCUAUUUAUUUUGUAUUUUUAAAUUUCCGAGCAUAAGAGAUGGGAAAAUGUGUGUACAGUUAGGAUAUCACUAAUGCGUAUGGGAGCUGAUAAAAAAAGGUAACAUUAAUAAAAAUUAUGUGCUGGGUGCGCCUAAAUGAAAACGUUAGGCACAACAGUACAACCACUGUCAAGAGUUGGUCUGGAGACCUGCACUCAUAGUGACUACAGCAUUAUCAUUAAAAUCAAUCAGUAUUUCCCUGACCUUAACCAAAGUGCUUUUGUUGCCUUAACCUAACCACAUACAGGAGUCUAGAUGCUAACCCGGGAUGCUGGUGUCGCAGUCCUGCACUUUGUAUGCCCGCCAUCCACCCAAAUCACCUCCCUCAAAAUCCAGGUACAUUAAUGUAGUGUUUCAUUAAUUCAAAUUAACUAUAUGUCUUAACAUAAUCCAGGCAGCGGUUGCAUUGUCACUGCAAUGUAACUGUGAAUGCAAUGUAGUAAUUUACAAAUGUAAUUUUUUGGAGACAGGGUUGAUUUGUUCAGUAAUUUGUUUGACUAACACUAAGGUAACAAUUUUUUACUUGUUUAUAUUAUUAAAAUGAUUGCACCUUGUAUAAUUUUCUAUCAACAGCAGCACUAAUGCUUUUGUCACAAGAAUACUACAGACAAGCUUUUGUGUUGUCUCUCUUUUAUGUUGGGUAUUGUUGUGUCUCUCUGUACCAAGAUGUACCUAAUCAUGCGGUGAACUCUCUAGUAAACAAUCAGGAACAAUGAAAACAGUAAGUGGAGAAGUAUUUGUUCACACCUGUUGGGCUGUUGCCUUUGUAGUUACGGUGCACUGAGAGCAUUCCCAUGAAACUGGAGUUUAAUGUGCCGAGACAAUUCAAGAAAACACACUCUAAGUUUGGCACAACUUUCCAGUGUGCCCUGAAGCUUAGACUGGGAUUACAAUUUUUCUAUAUUUAUAGGCUAUUGAUUUCCCCAAUUUCUUGCCAAGAAUGUAUCACCACUUGAAAAAACAUUCAUUGUUGCUAAAUAGAUUAAUAAA